AUGCGCUUAUCCACUGCCGUCCGACGAUACGAUCCUGUGCGGGGAAUCCAAAUUCUUGGCUCCGGGAGCAGAGGGGAGAACGGCCAAGCCACUCACCACUACCGCAGUCCGGAAGAAAGUUUUGCUGGGCCACCGGGGCUCUGUCAGUGGGCGUCCUCAGGAUCGCUCUUGCGGUUGUGGGAAGUUGCCCUCUUUGGGGAGACCCCGAGCGAUGGGAGAGUUUUGCAAAAUCCACACGAAACAAAACUCGCGCUAAACCGGGUGGGGUCGUCCGAAUGCCGUAUGCUGGACGGCCGCUUUGCCCGCGAAGCAGGUGCCCUGAAUGGUGUUUCCCGGCCCAUCUCCCCCACCCCACCAAUCCAGCCUGGACUGGCCAUUGGCUAUGCCCCCCUCCCCUUCGUCCCCCCCCCUCCCCACCUGCUUUCAUUUUCCAUUUCUCCGGCGGGACCUCCCCGUUCACCCACCUGGCCCAACUCUCAUCCUUGCGCCCAAACUCCGAAGAGGGAGCCGCAGCGCGAACAGUGUGGCAGGAUGAGUUCCCCACCUUACAGGAGACCCCUGAAGGAGAAGCUCCAGCACCUGCAGUGUCACUUCACCUGGGACUUUGAGGUCAAAGACAAGAUGAACAUCAGACACACCCUGCUUACUCUGACCGUCCGCCUGGAGCACGACCCCCUCUAUAAGCGGGGCACCUACCUUGCCCUGAAGGCCUAUCUGCACCACCUGGAGGGGAGCCCCAAAGAGGCCCUGGCCAUCCUGCAGGAAGCCAAAGAGGUCUUGAAGAAGGAGCCUCCGGAGACCUUCUCACGCCAGGUCCUGCUGGUGUAUGGGAACUACGCCUGGAUCUAUUACCAUUUGACCGAUUAUGACAAGGUGGAUCUCUACUUGGCCCAGAUCCGCCAGAUCUGCCGGGACCUGUCCAGCCCUGAGCCCUACUCAGCUGUGAUCCCGGAGGUCUACGCCCAGAAAGGUUGGUCUCUCUUGGCCAUGGGCUUCCGGAACGGCCAGCUGGCCAAGGAGUGUUUCCAGAAGGCCCUGGCGCUGCAGGGACCAAGCGUGGAGCUGCAGGAGGGCCUGGCCUUCUCCGCCUUCGCUUUCUGGACACACUGCUACGAUGAGAAGUUACAGGAAGAGAGCCAGAAGUUGCUGGAAGGGCUGAUCUGCAGCCACCCUGAAAAUUAUGAAGCCAAAGUAUAUUUGGCACAGAUUCUCCGUAAGAAAGAUGAUGAAAGAGCACGGCACCUUGCUGAAGAUGUGGUCCAGAACAGUCUCAACCCGGAACUGCUGAGAAUUGCAACCAAGGUUUAUAAGUUCCACUCUCUCUCCCAGGCCAUUUCCACCCUGAAGAAGGCCAUCGGCCUCUGUGGUGAUUACUAUCUCCUGCACUACGACCUUGGCAUCAGUUACAUGGACCUCUUAGAUCGAGGAACCGAGGGGAACCGAGCGGAGAUUGUGGAGGACGCCAUUGGGUGCUUCAGACGGUCUCUGGAAGGCAAUCCUGUAUCCGUGUUUUCCCGGCUGAAGCUGGCAAAGUUGUACGGAGAAAGGUGCCAGCUUUACGAGGAGGAGGUCUACCUGGGCAUAAUGGAGGACCUGCCAACCGCCAGCAAGAGAUGCCAGCAAUCUUUCUAUCUGCACUGGGGGGAUUUCCUCCUCCGCAAGAAGGGGCAGAGGCAGGCAGCGCUGCGGGCGUACAAAGCCUGCUUGGAGGUGCCAGGAGACCACCCUCUGGAGCAGAAGCAGCUGUGGCUGCGUCUGAAAGAUCUGGCCAGGGUCUUUCGUUCGGAAGGCGACACGGAACAAGACAGAGCUAUCCACCGUCUGCUGGGCGAAAUGGCAGCAAAGCGUCAGGGGACACCUCGUUGA